UAUCUAUAUCUCUCUCUCUAUAUCUCUCUCUCUAUAUCUAUCUAUCUAUCUAUCUACAGCAGUAGUAGUAGUACUUUGAUGACUAAUAUAUCUCUCAGCUUCCAUAAAUAACUGCUACCCCUUUUCACUAACUUUUGGUUCAAACCACCAUCCCCAAAAAACUCUGAUCUUUUCUCUUUCCCUUUUUUUUAUCUGACUAGUGGUGACAAGUAGUCCCUGGAAAUUAAUUACUCUCUCUCUCUCUCUCUCUUUCAGCUUUUAAAAUUUUCCAUAUGGUGGUCUUCCUUCAACCCUAGUGGGAUCCUAUACUAAAAGCCUAUAACCACACCGUCUCAAAUCAUAAGUCACUCAUGAUAUAAUCACACCCUUAAACCCUUCCUUUCACCUCUUUCAACUUCUUCAAUUCCAUCACCUCUUACUAUAUUUGCUUUUCCACUUCACACCCUCACUUUAACUCUCAACUCUUCCAUUCCCUUAUAUAUAUAUUUCACUACCUUAACAAACACAGAUCUUCUCCGUUCUUCGGUUUCUCUAUAUUUUUAUCUGUCUUUUUCUACCUAUCUCCAUGUUCACCAAUUCACAUACGCUAAUGCAAACUUUGUUGUCAUCUUUGCCGGAGCCAGACCUCUCCUUGAACAUAAGCCCUCCCUCUAUUUCUGAGGUCAAGGAAGUGGGGUGUUUCGGCAAAGUGAUUUACAGCGACAUGUGUUCAACUUCUGAUUCUGGGAGCAGUGGAGCUAGUGAUUUGAGUCAUGAGUUCCAUAACCUUGGUCACCAUCGUGAGCCCACGUUGAAGUUAGGCUUUGGAACAAUGGAUUUGAAUCCUCGCCAUCAUCAGGUUCAUGGUGACACCAGAAGCUUCACUCACCAUAACCACCACCACCACCACCACCACCUUCAGCCUCACAUCUACGGCCGCGAUUUCAAACGAACUGCAAGAGUCGUCAAUGGCGUCAAAAGAAGCGUCAGGGCUCCUCGGAUGAGAUGGACCACCACCCUCCAUGCCCAUUUUGUUCACGCGGUUCAACUUCUUGGCGGCCAUGAAAGAGCAACUCCGAAGUCUGUGUUAGAGUUAAUGAAUGUUAAGGAUCUAACCCUAGCCCACGUCAAGAGUCACUUGCAGAUGUAUAGAACAGUGAAGAGCACUGACAAAGGCACCACAGGCCAUGGGCAGACAAAUAUUGCAGUAUUGAAUCCAAGGCAAGGGAUUAACAUUGUUCAUCUGCAUGCACCUUCACCCAAUUUACCAGACCCGAUUCAAAGUUCCCACAGGACAGCGUGGCAACAAUCAUCAAUAGAGACAAAAACAAAGAACAGUAGACAAGAAGCAGAGAUGGGUUUGACGUAUUGUGAGGUGAAGGGAAGUGAAAGCAUGGUGAAUGGCUUGGAUUCUACCAGUUUGUCACGUUCCGAGGGAAUGCUUGACCUAGAAUUCACCCUUGGAAGACCCAUUUGGCAAAAAGACCACGCAGAAUCAUCCAGAGAGUUAACUCUUUUAAACUGCUGAAACAGCUAAAACAACGUUAAAAAAAGUAAAGAAAGUUAAGGUUAAAUUAGGUUAAGUUUAAAUAACCAGCCUUUGACAUGUGUGGAUGAUGAUGAUGAUGAUGAUGAAGAAGAGAUGAGGAAUUGUUGUAUGUGAAUGAUUUUGAUUGUGUGUGUAUGUAAGGAUGUGUUUGGGAGAGAGAAGAGGAAUGGGAUAAAGAAAUUAUGCUAAAGAACAUAUGCUUGAGUCCAAGGAAUUUUUCAGGCAUUGUCCUUGAUGUCAUUUUCUGUGGAAGCUAUAGAAUAGAACAUGAUGAAAAAUAAAAAUGGAAUGGUUUGUUUGAGGUCAUGGACCAUGCAUAGGUUAUAGUUAGGCAAAAUAGGACCCAUUUGGAAAUGCUGAUAUGAGACAGGUGGGUCAUGUUUUCUGCCAGACCAUCAUCACAUAUGUACCACAUACACAUACAUGUUAUCUAUCACCCACAUUAAUUCACUUUUACAAAUUAAUAUUCCAAACUUUUUUGUCUUCUU